AUGCGGCCACCGCCACCGCCGCUGCCGCUGCUGCUGCUGCUCGGGACGGCGGCGCUGGCGCAGCCCCGGGAGCUGGCCCCCGCGGGCACGCAGUGCCUGGGGCACGAGUGUUUCGCCGUGUUCUGGGCGUCCCUGCCCUUCUCCGAGGCCAGCGAGCGCUGCGAGCGGCGCGGGGGGCACCUCAUGACCGUGCGCUCCACCGUGGCCGAGGACGCGAUCGCGCUGCUGCUGCAGAACCGCGAGGGGCAGCUCUGGCUCGGGCUGACGCUGUCGCCCUCCUUGUCGUGCACCGAGCCCAAGCUGCAGCUCCGCGGCUUCCGCUGGGUCACCGGGGACCGCAGCACCGAUUACACCAACUGGGCGCCGUCGGAAAAGCGCUGCGGCGAGCGCUGCGUGACCGUGUCCCGGGAGCUGCGCUGGGAGGAGCGGCGCUGCGAGGAGCCGGCCGACGGCUUUCUGUGCCAGUACACCUACGGAGGCAGCUGUCCCCCGCUGUCGGCGCCGCUCGGUGUCCCCGUCACCUACGAGACGCCGUUCGGCGCCCGCGGAGCCGAGUUCACGGCGCUACCCCCGCGCAGCACCGCGUCGGUGGCCGCUCUGGGGCUGAAGCUGCUCUGCGAGGACGGGGAGGGAGCGGAGCCGCGCUGGGGCCGCGACACGCCCGGAGCGUGGCCGUGCGGGCUGGGCGGCGGGGGCUGCGCGGGGACGUGCGCGGAGGAGGGCGGGCGGCCGCGCUGCUCCUGCGCCGAGGGCAAGGUGCUGGGCGCGGACGGGCGCAGCUGCCGCUCGCCCUGCGAGGGCGCGCAGUGCCAGCACCACUGCGUGAUCGCCGACGGCUCCUUCGUGUGCAUGUGCAACACCGGCUACCGGCUGGCUGCCGACGGGCUCAGCUGCGAGGACAUCGACGACUGCGCCGGCGAGCCCAGCCCGUGCGACCAGAAGUGCGUGAACACCGAGGGUGGCUUCGAGUGCCACUGCCACAGCGGCUACGAGAUGGUGGAGGGGCACUGCGAGCGCCUGCCGCACUGCUGGAACACGCCGUGCCAGCAGCUCUGCGAGGAGCUGCCCCAGGGCUACCGCUGCGGCUGCCGCCCCGGCUACGCCGUGGACCCGCUCAAUGCCACCCUCUGCCGCCUGCACUGCAACAGCUCCGAGUGCCCGCCCGUGUGCGAGGACUACGGGCGCUGCCGCUGUCCCGACGGCUUCCUGCUGGACGAAGAGGAUUGGCUGUGCAUGGACAUAGAUGAGUGCGAGAGCGGGCACUGCCCCUUCAACUGCACCAACACGCCCGGCGGCUACCAGUGCCACUGUCCCCUGGGCUACCAGGACCGCGGCGUCGACUGCGUGCCCGUCCUGGGCGGGAGUGACGAGGAGGAGUUCUCGGGGGACACCGACCUCGUCCUGCCCACGGGCGUGCCCAGCCGACCGCCGCCCAAAGCGGGGCGGCUGCACCCCGGGGUGCUGGUGGGCAUCGCCGCGGGUGCCCUGCUGAGCCUGCUGGCCGCGCUGGGCCUGGGAUUCCACCUGGCCAGGAAGCGCUGCGGCUCCCACGGCUCCAUGGAGUACAAGUACAGCGGCCCCCGCGAGAAGGAGAUGGGGCUGCAGCCCAUGCCCCCCGCGCAGAAGCCGUAGGGACAGCAGGACAGACGGACACGGCCAGGCCGAACUGUGGGACGUUUAUCUCCCCCGCUCCCGUCCUCCUUCCGCUGCCCCUCGGCUGGAAUUUUUGUGUGAUAAUUCGGGAAAAGCUGGGAUCGCCCCGCUCCUAGAAAUAUUCGCUGCUGGUUCCCAGCCGGCUCUUGGAAUGCUGGCACCGGAGAGCGGGGACAGAACACCCAGGGGCUGCUCCACUCCUGCUCCCUUCCCGCUGCCUCGGCGCUCAGCUUUGCCUUUUCCCGAGCCGGGAAAAACGCGAGGAACAUCCAGGAGGGACGGCUCCGUGUGGCAGUGACUCUAAAUCCGUGGGAUGAGAGCACGGCGUGACCAAGGACUUGGUGACUUUGGAAGGACACCUGGACCCAUAUCCCCCUCCCCUCGGCUGGGUGGUGUCCCCGAGCUGGAAGGCUCCUGCUUUUCUUUGGGAUGGGGUUUGUUUGUUUUAGGCUGAGGGAAGGAGGAGCAAAGAUGUUGUGGGAAGCACUUGUCACCUUAAGCCACUGGUGGCAGCGGGGACCCGGCUCGGUGUCACCAAGGUGGGACUCCAAUUCCUGAUUCCCAUUCCCCCUCAUUAUUAUUUGUAUUUUUUUUUCGGGAUGGGGAGGUUAAACAGGGACACGAAGGCUGCCGGGGUGGGUUUCGUGGGAAAAAGUUCGCGUGGCUGCAGAGCCUCAUCCAGUUCCUUCCAUAAAUUGCCUUAAAUUGUUGGAUUUGGGAUGUUUUUACGAGCCCUCCUGCCCACAGGGGUUUUCCCCUGCUCCCUCGUGCAGGGCUGACUCUAUCCCAAGGCAAAACAUUCCCACGGGGCGGGAUCCAGCGCGCUGCUCAUUCCCAGCCACGGACUGGGGAGGAAUUCUGGAGAAGAAUCCACAUUUCCAGCUCCAUCCUUCCCUGGGGAGCCGAAGCGGGUUCAACUUUGUGCCGGUGAAAUAUUAUCCCGGAGCGGGGGAAGUCUUGGAAGCCUGGGAUCAGUGCCAAGGGGUUCUGUCCCCCCACAUUCCCCCUUCCCACCCUGUGACCUUCCCAGCACGCAGCAUCCCCUCCUGGAAUGCUAAAGCUCCGCUGCAAAUCCCCGGGAAAAUCAAAAUUGUGGAAUUGUGGUUUUCCUAAAGGGUCGUUAUCCCCAAAGCCGGGUAACUGGAGGGUCGUGUCCAUGGAUCUCUUGGGAUGGAUUAAAAGUGGAUCCACAUGGAGCGAGGGCUGCAAAUCUGUGGCUGUGCCGGGUUUAUUUUAGGACGGUUUGGCUGCAGUGGGAAGGAGGGAGCUGUUGUGAUUAUCCAUAAUUAUCCCGUGCUUAUCCAGAAAGAGAUAGCGAAAUAUAAAGGCGUCACUUGGGAAAGUAUCCAAGGAAAAGGAAGGGAAAGAAAGGAUGAGGUUUGAGAGUGGACGUUUUCAAACCCCAGCUCCUUCCUGGGUGGGUCCGAGGUUUUGCCACCACACCCCCAAAAUCUCCUCCUCCCCCCCUUAUUUCAAAUUCUGAGUCUUAUCUUAUCGCAAAUUCCUUCCUUAUGGAGUCGUGAAUUCCCGGCACUCCCUGUUUUAUUCCUCCUCCCACCCCCCCGGGAUCGUUUGUAAAUCCUUAUUUAUUUAUUGGAAUUUUACCCUAUGUGCUGGAAUUGUCUGGUGGAGAUCCUGUGUGGAGGUCAAUAAAGCUUUGCCAGUCUGAUUUA